AUGUCAAAGACAGAUAAUCCCAUCAGCAAGGUCGUGUCCACACACCGUCCAGAUCUAGAACAGGAAUACGUACCUCUAUACAAGCAUUUCCACGCUCACCCAGAGCUAUCACACCAAGAAAAAGAAACCGCAGCAAAAAUCGCCGAACACCUGUCCCAAAAAUGUCCAGACGUGGAACUACACACUGGGAUUGGCGGCCACGGCUUAGCAGGCGUACUCAAGAACGGAAAUGGUGCCACUGUAUUGCUUCGCGCUGAUAUCGAUGGACUGCCCGUAGAGGAGAAAUCAGGACUUGAGUGGGCGAGCAAGAAACGUAUGGUAGAUCUUGAAGGUGUGGAGAAGCCUACUAUGCAUGCUUGUGGCCAUGAUGUACACAUGACUUCUUUGCUUGCUGCUGCGAGUUUGCUCUACAAUUCCAGGGAUACUUGGUCUGGAACAUUGAUUUUCUGUUUCCAACCGGCGGAGGAGAAAGGUCAAGGUGCGCAGGCUAUGGUGGACGAUGGACUCUACGACAAAGUGCCCAUCCCAGAUGUUGUCUUGGGCGGCCACGUUAUGCCUAUGCGAGCAGGCACUCUAGGCACUAAGCGCGGCCUCAUGGCCUCCUCAGCAGACUCGCUAAAGGUGACUCUGCACGGCAAGGGCGGACACGCCAGUCAACCUCACAGACUAGUCGACCCGGUAGUAAUGGCUGCAAGCACAGUCAUGAGACUCCAAACCAUUGUCAGCAGAGAAGUCGAUCCCGCCGACACCGCCGUGGUCACUUGCGCAUGCAUAAUAGCCGGAGAUGCAGAAAACGUGGUCGCCGACAAUGCAAUUUUGAAACUGGACUUGAGGGCUCUGAAUGCAGAAACCAGGAGCAAAGUCUUGAGCAGUGUCAAGAGAAUUGUCAAUGCCGAAUCUAUGGCCAGUGGCGCCGUUCAAGAUCCUACCUUUGAGACAACGAGAAACUUCCCGCUUACCAUUAAUGACGACGAGGUCACGCAGCGUCUGGAAGAAAGCUUCGGCGAGCACUUUGGGACUGAUGAUAACUCGUACACGAGUUCUGCGGCAAAGCUUGGUGGAAGCGAGGACUUUGGAAUUCUAGCCACGGCGAUCGGAAAACCUUCGUCUUUCUGGACCUAUGGAGGCACAGAUCCUAAGUUGUGGGACAAAGUGGCGGAGGAAGGGCGGCCUGGAGAUGUGCCUAUCAACCACAGUGCUCUGUUCGCACCAGUAAUAAUGCCGACGCUGCAAGUGGCAGUCGACGCAUAUGCUGUUGCAGCGUUAACAUGGCUUUUGGAAGAAAUGAUGGGCUUGUAA